AUGGAAUCUGCAUGUAGUGUAUUCAGCCUUUCCAAAUCUUGCUUAGGUAACCAUGUCUCUUGUAAGCACAGAAUAUCACAUUCCUCCAACAGUUUAUCAACAAGCGAGUCAUCCGUGAUUUGCAGUGAGCAUUUUAAGCAGGACGAGUUUGACAGGACAGGACAGAUUGUCCGACUCAGAGAUGGUGUUAUUCCCUCCAUCUUCAGCUUCCCGGUUCACCUCCAAAGACCGGAAAAGGGCAGGACUACGUCUACUUCCAGAAAAGCUGAAGAGAGCCUGUCUGUGGCCCCUCAGGACGACCCAGAAGCUUCAACCUCACACUCACAACCUCACACUCACAACCUCACACUCACAACCUCACACUCACAACCUCAGCCUAAUGAUGAUCAUAGCUAUGUCUUGCCUGCUUCUCCUACUGCUCUUAAGGCCAGACUCAAUGAAGCUUUAGCAAGAGUGGAGAGUCUCCAGCGAGAGAGGAAGAAUGCCAUGGCAAGAGAAAAGAGGGCAAAGACCACAGUGAGGAGUCUUUUGGGGGAUUUGAGGGAAAAGAACCUCAUUAAUGAAGAACUCAAAGAGAGGCUUGAUUUCUACUCAGAUCUUCAAAUAGACUUCAAGGCAAAGCAGGGCCAUGAGUACUCAAAGGACCACAGAGAGUUUGCCCUCACACUCCAUCUACAUGGUCCAAAGGCAUACAAAUACCUCAGAGAGACUACAAAUCUUCCCCUCCCUCAUCCACAUACAUUACAAAGGUAGUCUUGCUACUGAGGCUCUUGUGUUCAUGGUGGUUGGCCUACAAGGACAUUGGAAGGCUCCCAUUGCAUAUUACCUGACGAAGUCUCUGUCAACUGAAACACAAAGGGUCCUUCUCAGUCAUGCUUUGGAGGAGCUGCAUGCACGGGGCAUUCGGGUGGUAUCUGUCACCAUGGAUGGGCAUGCCUCCAACGUCAGCAUGUGCAACCAACUUGGGUGUGAGCUGAAGGGAAACCCACAGGAGCCACUUCAAACCAGUUUCCCGCAUCCCUCGACUGGUGACAAAGUAUUUGUAAUGAUGCAUGCCACAUGCUGAAGUUGGCACGUAAUAUGUUGCAGGCAAACAGUCCAAUUGCAACGACCACCGGACAGAUCAAGUGGAGGUUCAUCAAUCAUCUCAAUGAGGUGCAAAAAAAAGACGGACUGCAUGCUGCCAAUCAAAUCACAGACAAACAUGUCUACUUUGAGAACCACAAGAUGAGGGUGUCCCUGGCUGCACAAACACUGAGUCGCUCCGUGUCAGUUGCUCUCCGCACAACCAGGGAUCUUAGGUACUCUCAGUUUAAAGACUGAGGCAACGGCAGAAUUCAUUGAGGCUGUUUGACACAAUGAAUGGACGCAAUCCUCGUGCCAAAGGAUUCAAAUCUCCCUUGGGUGCUUUGAAUUGGAUAGAGAGGAAAGCAUGUUUGUCAAGAGCCAGGGAGUACUUGCUCACUGACAACAGAUGGAACACCACUUCACCGAUCUAAGAGCUCUAUUCAAAUAGUGCUUGUUAUUCAUGCAUGAAAAGUUCACGACAUGAGUUCAACGAUACUCUGUUCCGUUAUGCAUCGAGUUCAUAAGAUGCUCUGUUCUCUACAUCAGGUUCAUAAGAUGCUCUGUUCUCUACAUCAGGUUCAUAAGAUGCUCUGUUCUCUACAUCAGGUUCAUAAGAUGCUCUGUUCUCUACAUCAGGUUCAUAAGAUGCUCUGUUCUCUACAUCAGGUUCAUAAGAUGCUCUGUUCUCUACAUCAGGUUCAUAAG